AUGUACACGGGUAAUGCUGAGGACGGAUACGACAUCGCGCUGGUGAAGCUGAACAAGGAGUCGCAAAACGAGCCAGUUUCUAUUGCGACCAACCCUGAUGAGCUGCAGAACCAAAGGAAGGUUUCUGCUCUGGGAUUCGGCAUAUCCGACGAGGGUGUGCCCGCUGACACCCUGCAGUUCACGAAUGAGCUGAUCGUCAUAGAAAACGUGCUGUGCAAAGGCCUCUGGCAGGAUGUCAUCCAAGACUCGAUGCUUUGCGCUUUUGGAUUUGAGGGUGUUGAUACCUGCCCAGGAGACAGUGGCGGCCCUCUCCUGGUGACAUUCCAGCCUGAUGGUGACAUUGAAAAGGGCAUCCCUAGCAUUGAUAAGGUCGUGGGCGUCACGUCGUUUGGAGAAAAGUUGGCCUGUGGCGAGUCUGGCAUUCCGGCUGUGUACACAAGGGUGACCAGCUUUGCAGAGUGGAUUGAAGCGAUCAUAGAGCAAGAGUCAGAGCACCUGCUGGUGUCAGUAAUUCCUCCCAAGAUGGAGCCCUUGGGAACAUCUGCGAUGGGCAUGCAGAGUAUAUACUACAUAUGGCACAAGACGAACGUGUUCAUAGAAUACUUUAUGCCCUGUCCUUGCUCCGAGGAUGGUAUCAGCAAUGGCACCGAGACGGGCUUCGGCGGAUGCAGCAGACGGCUAGAGGCUGGCGCUGCGCUGUGCUACGUACAAUCCAAUGAGGGUCCCUGCUCGAUCGCCAGGGCCUCGAAUCUGUUCUCUGGUGCAUCGUGGAUAUCGUGCGGGGCCGACGGCGAUGGGGAAUCUGUCGGUGUUCAGGAACUUUCAAAGGACGCUUCUGCCGACGUAGCCCAGCUGAAUGAG